AGGUCACAUUUUACUAUAUGAAUUACACAGGUAACAGAAAUGGCUUUUGUAGCUCGGAUUUCGGUAGCAUUUGCAAUCCUCCUGAUAAUUGCAAGUGCAUCAGGGGCGUCGAUUGGGAAACGGGAAAUCAGUGAUGAUAUUGACAACGACGAAGUUACCGUACCAGACUAUACAGAAGAAACUUUCGAAGACACUUGGGACGAUGAGGCCGGUGACGAACAAGCAACUUUGGACGAAGAGUUCGAUGAUGCCAGUGAUGGACAAGAAACAUUGGACGAAGAGGUCGACGAUGCACAAGAACCAUUGGACGACGAGGCUGAUGAUGGACAAGAAACAUGGGACGAUGUGGCCGAUGAUGGACAAGACGAGGACGAUGAGGAUGAUAUAAAAGAAACAUGGACCGAUGAGGAAAGUGUAGAAGAAACCUUAGCCGAUGAGGAAGACAUGGAAGAAACAUGGACAGAUGAGGAAGAUAUGGAAGAAACAUGGACCGAUGAGGAUAGUGUAGAAGAAACUUUGGCCGAUGAGGAAGAUAUGGAAGAAUCAUUGGUAGAUGAGGAUCGUGUAGACGAGUCAUGGGAUGAUGCUGGCCUUGAUGAACAAAACUCUUGGGAUGAUCUAGACGUUAAUGAAGCAGAUAGUUUAGAAGAAGAGCUUAAUGAAUUAACAGACGAAGAUGACUCUGACUACCAACAGGAUUUCCUAGGUGCACCAUAUGAUGUCGAUAAUGACGUGCAAAAAAGUGAGUCAUUGUUCGACCAGUACCUUUUUAAGGACAAUUAUGGCAGAAAUCAGGGCCGGAAAGAUGAUACUGACUUCUGGAGUAAUUUCAAAACAACUUAUAAUAAACAACCAUAAACGAUAGUGACGGUGACAGCGAUGAGGACUGGAAAAGAAAAUAGACAAUGGAAUUUCUUGCCGUAUGGAUUCAUUCCUAUGAACUAUAUAAUUUGACAAAGUAUCCAAUGUGGCAAUUGAAAUUAACAUUCUAUUUAUUAUUUUUUUAACAAAUUAAGGAGCGCAAAUUAAAUAAAGAGCCAAAACAAAACAACAAUCUAAUGUAUUUUUUUUUUAGUCUUUUACGCAUAAUUUUGGAAAACUAUCAUUAAAUAUGACACGUUA